AUUCCAAAGAAGCAAAAACAAAACAGAUGAGAUGAGGAGCACAGUUUGGCGAUUCGGAUAGAGCGGUGGCAAGGCAAGCAGCCUCUCAUCGUCCCCUUCCUUUCCUUGUGGUGUGGCAGUGGCAACCAUGGGCCUUCUCACCGCCAUCUCUCAUCGCCCUUCCCCUUCGCCGCCUCCACUAGCACCUUUCCUUUCCUCUCAGGCCAUUACCUUCAAAUCAUCGCGUCUUCGAUUUCCCCAACCUUCUCUCUCAGGUUUUCCAUCAUUCAUCGGUGGUUGUCUAGCACUCACUGUGCGGGGAGGAACGGCUUUGCGCUCCACAUUACCAGCAUCUCCUACGCUCGUCUCCUCUUUCAGUGACCUCUUCGACUUUAUAUGCGCAGGUCCUCUGAUGAAGCAGUUAGGCUUCACUGCUGAGACGGUGGCAGAGUCCAUCGACAACUGGAUCACACCCGGGAUGCACCUUUGCCAAUUGUUCCGAUUCGAUGACCUCAGCCUAUCGCCUCCCGAGAGAGCCAGGAUCUACCACUACUAUGUGCCGGUGUUCCUUUGGUGCCAAGAACAGCUCAAGAGCCACCGACUCACGUUCGGCGAUGACGUCGAUGUCCCUCCACUCGUGAUUGGCGUCAGUGCUCCUCAAGGCAGUGGAAAAACUACCCUUGUUUUUGCACUCGAUUACCUUUUUCGGAAAUCUGGGAAGAGAUCUGCAACUUUAUCAAUUGAUGACUUCUAUCUGACUGCUGAGGAGCAGGCAAAACUAAGGAAUCAAAAUCCCAGCAAUGCUCUAUUAGAGUUCCGUGGGAAUGCAGGAAGCCAUGACAUCCAAUUCUCCAUUGAUACUCUUACAUCCUUAAAGAAAUUGACAAAGAAUGGUACAAAGAUGAAACUACCACGGUAUGACAAGUCAGCUUAUGGAGGGAGGGGUGAUAGGGCUGACCCUUCAACAUGGCCUGAGGUGGAAGGGCCUUUAGAAGUCAUUCUAUUUGAAGGUUGGAUGCUUGGAUUCAAACCACUUCCAAAUGAUGUAGUAAAUGCAGUUGAUCCACAGCUCCAAGUGGUAAAUGAAAACCUCAAAGCUUACUAUGAUGCAUGGGACAAGUUUGUUGAAGCUUGGAUCAUCAUCAAGAUUAAGGACCCCAAUUGUGUAUACCAGUGGCGACUACAGGCAGAGGUGGCCAUGAAGGAAGAUGGGAAAUCAGGCAUGUCUGAUGAAGAGGUUUUCGACUUCGUAUCCCGUUAUCUACCAGCAUAUAAGGCCUAUCUCCCGACACUCUACGCUCAGGGACCGAAGGGCCUCGAUCCAGAUCGCCUUUUAGUUAUUGAGAUCGACGAGGAGAGGAAUCCAAUCUCUGCAGACUGACAACCUCAAAAUCCUAUUUCCAAGUGACUUUUCCCCCUACGUUACCCUGCCCCUUGUAAAAUAAUAAUUUGUAUUCAAGAGAUAAAGAAAAGGAUCAUCACAAUCUACAAUUGUACACUUGAGCAUCCACAACCUUUUAGUUGGGUAUUUACAUUAUAAUUCAACGA